AUGGCCUUCCUGGAUGGUCUGAGUGGUUUCGCUGGGGAACCGCUGUUGAUAUGCGGGCCUGUGUUACUGAUAACGUAUCUGCUUGGUCUCGCAACGUGGCGCUUGUACCUUUGCCCUCAGGCUGAGAUACCAGGACCGACUCUUGCAAAGCUCACAUAUUGGUACGAAUUCUACUACGAUGUCGUACUCAGUGGUCAAUACAUAUGGAAAAUCCGCUCCAUGCACGAGCAAUACGGCCCGAUCUUGCGCAUCAACCCGGAAGAAGUGCAUAUCCAAGAUGCCGAUUACUAUGAUCAAGUGUAUGCUGGCCCGACCCACAAGAGAAACAAGUGGACCUUCUUCACGAACUCAAGUGGUUUGCCUCAGUCUGCCUUUGGAACCCCAGAUCACAAUCUUCACCGUAUGCGACGAGGGGCGAUGAACCCGUACUUUUCAACAGCAAAAGUGCGGAUGCUCCAAUCGCGCAUUGAGUCCAGUCUGAACAAUCUGCUAGCCCGAUUUCGUGAAUUUCAAGAGUCCGGGAAGCCCAUGACGGUCUCGUUGGCCUACGCAGCUCUCACAAAUGAUAUUGUCAUGGAAUAUGCUUUCGGGCGAAGUGACAAUCGUUUGCUGGCUCCAGAUUUCGACCCGAGCUUCAAAGAAGCAGGUGAAGCCGGAGCUAAGUUGAGUCAUCUUGUGAAACAAAUGCCAUGGCUGCUGUCCCUGAUGAAAAUGAUGCCCGACUCGGUGCAGAUUGCUUUAAACCCGGUGAUGGCCAGUUACAUCAGGCUCAAUCAGGACAUAAUAAAGCAUGUUUCCGAGAUUUACUCGCAUCGUACCGAUCCCGACAGCAAGUAUCACUCGCAGACGACCGUAUUCCAUGCCAUCCUGCAGGGCAAUUUACCAGAGAGAGAAAAGUCUCCUGAUCGGCUGUGGCAAGACGGACAAGUUGUCGUAAUUGCUGGAACAUUAACCACCGCAGCCGCCCUUUCAGAGAUCACAUUCCAUCUCCUGAGACAACCGACAGAGUUGCAGACUCUCAAAGACGAGCUUGCAACGGCAAUGACAGAGAACGCUGGUCUCCCAGAUGUGGCCAAGCUAGAACAACUUCCUUACCUAACAGCGAUAAUAAAAGAAGGUCUCCGACUAAGUAGUGGCAUUAGCACACGUUUGCAGCGCAUUGCCACGGAUGAAACGCUCAUCUACACGGCCAAGAGGUCAACAGAUGACAAGCACAAUAUCAAUGAGAAGCAAUAUGUCCUUCGUCCCGGGAUUCCGCUUUCUAUGACCGGCAUGCUCAUCCAUCAUUCACCAGCUUACUUCGAGGACCCCAUGAAAUUUCGUCCUCGGCGUUGGAUCGACAACCCUGGUCUGGAUGACUAUUUGGUGCCGUUCUCACGUGGUACGAGAGCUUGUGUAGGCAUAAACCUGGCAUAUGCAGAGCUCUAUCUCACGGUGGCGGCGAUCUUUAGUCGGUACGGAAGCAGCGAAGUUCGUUUUGAAACGGAUAUCGGGUAUCUGGAGCUGCACGACACGAGCUAUAAGGACAUUGAAAUUAUUGGUGAUGGAACGACCCCGUUGUAUCGACCUGACAGUAACGGUGUUAGAGUCGUGGUCCGCGAUGUAUGA